AAAAUCAAUAGACAGCUGUCAUUAAAUAUCGUUACGCUCAGGAUAUUUAAAUGAAUUUUGUUUUUGACAAAUCAAUUUAAUUAUGAAACGAUCAUACGAUCAAUUUGUUCAAAACGAACAAUCGAACAAAGAUGAAGACAAAACGGAAUCAGAUCAACGUUUACAGCAAGAAUUUUUUACACAAUUCACAACAAUUGAAUUGGCUAGAAAUUUACUUGGUAAAUUUUUAUGUCGUCAAAUUGAUGAUAAUGUUCAAUUGAAAGGUAUGAUUGUCGAAACCGAAGCAUACGUUGGACCUGAAGAUCAUGCAUCAUAUACAUUUGGUGGUCGUCGAACUAAUGCUAAUGAACCAAUGUAUAUGCCUGCUGGUACCUGUUUCAUACGACUUAUAUAUGGAAUGUAUUAUUGUUUCAAUUUAUCUAGUCAAGAUAAUGGUGGUGCUGUUCUCAUACGUGCUGUUGAACCAACCGAAGAAUCCAUUGAUAAAAUGAUUGAAUUACGUCAAAAACAUCCAAAGGCAUCGGGUAAUCUAAAACAAUUUAAAUCCAAACCAUAUCUAUUAGCAAAUGGUCCAUCCAAAUUAUGUAUUGCAUUCAAUAUUGAUCAAUCGAUGAAUCGAAAAAAUAUCAUAACCGAUCAAUCAAUUUGGUUAGAACAUAAUGAUGAUCGAUUUAUAAUCAAACAAGAAGAUAUUGUUGAGUCAAAACGAAUUGGUAUUAGCCCGAAAAAUUUAUGGUCCAAUCGAUUAUUGAGAUUUUAUUUGCGACAAAACAGAUCAGUGAGCAAAUUUUGAAAAGAAUAUUUUUUUUUUUGAAAAUAA